GUUUUGUUUUGUAACUAUCCUUUUCUUUUACUUUUAAACACUUGCUUUUUUAUAGCAAAUAAUAAAUUAAAACUACAUAUAAGAUUUUCCUUUAAGAAAAAAACAUGUCGAUAAUACAAAAAAUACGGCCCUCUUUGUGGAACAAAAUGAUGAAAUGGAAGAAAAGCAGUGAAAGGAACUUUUCUAAUGCAUCAAUAGAACGGCGCAAUACCCUGUUUACGGAAGAACAAGGAAGACAACGCGAACGUGUUGGCCGUAUCGAAAAGAUAGAAGUUCGCUAUUUAGGUCUUCCUCAAGAUGUUACAUUUGUUAUGAAUCGGGACAUUUCGACGCCUUAUAAUUGUGCUCAACACUUAAGCGGAGGUCAUUGCAAGCGAUCUGCAUUAGCUUUAGUUGACGGCAAUGUAGCUUGGGAUAUGCAUAGGCCUUUGCCAGAUAAUUGCACAUUACAACUUUUGCAUUUUAUGGUAGCUGAUCCUCACGUGGUUAAUAAAGCUUUUUGGCGGUCUUGCAGUUUUAUGUUGGGUGCCGCUCUCCAAAACGCAUUUAAGGAAGAGGCUGAUUUACAACUGCACAGCUUUCCUGGUCCAAACAUUAAAUCCGGAAGUUUUGUUCAUGACAUAGUUCUGGGGUCCAAGACGUGGGAACCGACGAAAUUCGAGUUACGUGCUUUAUCCGCGGAAAUGAUAAAAUUGGCAACAAAAGAUUUUAAAUUUGAACGACUCGAAGUGGAUCAUGAUUUAGCCAUGGAAAUGUUUAAGGAUUCUCAAUACAAAAGUGAACAAUUGCCCAGUAUUUCAAAUCAGAAUCAAGGACGUGUCGUGGUGUACCGCUUAGGGAAGCACAUUGACAUUUCGCGUGGACCAAUGAUUGCUUCGUCAAGAUUUUUGGGCAAAUGUACUGUUACUGCCGCUCACAAAUUAGCCGAUGAAGACGAUAAAAAGGCAUUUUAUAGGAUACAGGGAGUCGCUUUGCCAACAGGAUUUGUACUUAAUCAUGUUACGUUUGGCACAUUGGAAGAGCGUGCUAGGAAGUUGAAUCCGGCACGGCAACCUAAUGAACCAUUUGAAGAGCUAUCGCAUAUGCAAAUGGCCUAAAUGUCUACAAUUGUGAGUAGCGUCAACAAUUAUCUUAAGUAUUUUUGAUUUAUAAUACAUACAUACCAUAAACAAAUAAAAAAAGUAUGCGAAUUAUUUAUUUAAAAUAAAUUUGUGGUUCAAUCUGAA